CCCUUUUUAAGACCCUCUGACUUCGCUUUGGUGCAUGAAUGAACUUUAUAACAAGUUUUUAUGUGAGCACGUUUAACUUGCAUGCAGCCAAAUUUCCCUGCAACACGCACAUUAUGAAACGCAGUGUAGUCACAGCAGCGUUGUUUUGGGUGGAGGUGGGAGUGUCCUCGCAUUGUGUUGUGUCAUAAUAACAGCAGAUCUACAAACACUCUGCACACGGCGCGCUCACUUAAACUGUCUGCACGCGCUGUUUGUAGAUCAGCGGCGCGCUUCAUUGAGCUCGAGCUCUCCUCAACGUCCUCCCCAAGUGUUUUUCACCUCGCUCGACCCCUCGGCUCGCUUGUCCUCUACAUGGCCUGUGUGUUUGCAGCCUCUUCUGCACCAGCUGUGGCGUCCAAAUGGACCGCGUCUCUUUAUAGCCGCAGGGUCUCUGGUGCUGUGGGGCGUUUUUCGUAUGGCCGGAGCUUGCUGCAAGUGUGCAGUCUCUCUGUCAGUGUUCAAGCGCUCUCUCUCGGUGGCUCCGCGGGGCUCGGGGUCCGCUGCUCGGUCCCUCCUGCCCGGUUGGAGGCUGGGGGAGCGGGGCCUGCAGGAGGCCGCCCGACCCUCCAGCGCUCUUAGACCCGCAGGCUCCUACCGACACACGGCCUUCUUCUGUCUCUCCUGCCAGGAGUCCAUGACCGAGAGCCUGCGGACCUGCUAUCUGUACCUGAACCAAACCAGCCGGAGUUUUGCAGCUGUGAUUCAAGCGCUGGACGGAGAGUUAAGACAUGCAGUCUGUAUUUUCUACCUGGUGCUGCGGGCGCUGGACACAGUUGAGGACGACAUGAGCAUCCCUCUGGAUAAGAAGGUGCCCAUGCUGAAUGAUUUCCACACCUACCUGUACCAGGACGAGUGGUGCUUCAGCGAGAGCCAGGAGAAAGAUCGGCAGGUUCUGGAGGAUUUCCCCACGAUAUCAUUGGAGUUCAGAAACCUCGCUCAAGAGUACAGAGACGUUAUCUCAGAUAUCUGCCACCAUAUGGGAGUAGGAAUGGCCGAAUUCCUGGAGAAGAAAGUGGGAUCCAUGAAGGAGUGGGACCAGUAUUGCCACUAUGUGGCAGGGCUGGUCGGCAUCGGACUGUCGCGCCUCUUCUCUGCAUCCCAGCUUGAGGACCCCGAGGUGGGGCGUGACACUGAGCUGGCCAACUCCAUGGGGCUGUUCCUCCAGAAGACCAACAUCAUCCGAGAUUAUCUGGAGGACACACAGGAGGGACGUGCCUUCUGGCCACAAGAGGCGUGGAGCCAGUUUGCAGGUCGCCUGGAGGACUUGGCACAGCCGGAGAAGUUGGAGUCGGCUCUGGCGUGCCUUAACCUGCUGGUUACUGAUGCUCUGCGCCACGUCCCAGAUGUCAUCGCUUACCUGUCCCGCCUGCGCAACCAGAGCGUCUUCAAUUUCUGUGCCAUUCCACAGGUGAUGGCAAUAGCGACACUAUCGACGUGCUACAACAACCCCAUGGUGUUCCAGGGAGUCGUAAAAAUCCGAAAGGGACAGGCUGUAACACUCAUGAUGGAAGCCACCAACAUGAGAGCUGUGCAGACCAUCAUCACCCAGUAUAGCCAGGAGAUUCUACAGAAGGUCUCCCUCACUGACCCGUCACGGGACAAGACCCUGCACAUCCUGGCACUAAUCCGAGAGAAGUCCGCCCUGUCACAGUCCAGCCUCCCCUCCAGGACCCACCACCUGUCGCCCAUGUACCUGUCUGCUGCCAUGCUGCUCGCCGCUCUCAGUUGGCAGUACCUCAGCACCACUGCAGCACAGGCGCAGGGAACUAGCGAUAUGCAGGGACAGUGAACCCCUGAAUCCCGUCAGCCUCACCUUUCCUGGGGCCCACAGACUAAGAAAGCCCCUUGGCUUCUCUGGAUGUCCGGUUCUCCUCUGACUGGAGGAAUCUGAAGCACUUCUUCCCCCAUUCGCCCUCUUUAUUAUGGCCGUCACAGGACUAUGGACAUAUUAACUCUAGACUAUGGAGGGUCACUGGUAGCAGGCUGGUCAUAUUAUAGUUCAUUUGACAGUGAUUUGUCUCGGUCCAUCCUGCAACUGGAUAAAUUAUUCACACACAGUUUUGUGUGGUUAUAUUCACCAGCAUAAAUGAUACAUUGAAACAAUUCA